CCUAUUAGGUGCAUGUGUCGCCAUUGGAGUUUAUGAUUGGAGUGCAAGUUUUUGAUUUUCUGGUGCAUGUGAGUUGUUGGAUGAUUGACAUACAAUAGGUAUCCCUGGGUUGGUCCUGUUGUUACAAGGUUGUAGUUCUUUCAUUCAAAGGUGUAAAAAUUGGACCUUUGUAAGACGGUGUCGUUUAGUAUGUGUGUUUUUGAAUUGCGAGAUUGGGAAUGCAUUUAUUAAAUCUCAUCGUAACAUUUACCGUCCUCCAGAAGAAUUGGCGGGAUUGAGUGCAGCAUCACUUUCAUCUCAGGUAUACGCAUUCUUCUCUGCUCUAUGCUCUCUGCGCCAACCCUUUCAAUUUUGUUCCCAACCACAACAAAAGGAGAUUUUUCUUUCUUUCUUGUAAUUUUUGGGAAGGAAUGCGAUGGAUGGGAACGACACAUGUUGGGACAAAGUCAUUGCAGAAAUGAUUGAAAUGGGUUUCGAGUAUUCGAGCAUAGUCGAAGCCAUUAAAGUAGUGGGUCCAUCUGUUCCCAGCGCUGUGGAACACAUUCUCAAGUCUACUACUGACGAAGCAUCCACUACCCACACCUCCAAUUCGCAUGCCCGCAAAGGGAAUGCUCUCAAAAAACGACCUUUGCGCAAGUGUUUAGUUCGACAAUCCAAUAUAUUCGACCAUUUUCAUUCCAAUGACGAUGUGAAAGAACACAAGAAGGAACUCCCUCAAUUGGGAAUUAAACCCAAUCCCAUUGUGCUUUCAGAGCCUUUUGAAGCGCAAGAUUUGGAUGUUGAGUCUGAUUGGGAGCAGAAGAUUAGUAAUAUGAUGAAAAAGCAUUUUGGUUUUUCAUCCUUGAAGAGUUUUCAGAAGGAAGCCAUCUCUGCCUGGGUUGCUCACAAAGACUGUCUUGUCCUCGCUGCAACAGGAUCCGGGAAAUCUCUGUGCUUUCAGAUUCCUGCAUUGUUGUCUGGGAAAGUGGUGGUUGUGAUUUCGCCCUUGAUAAGCCUCAUGCAUGACCAGUGUUUAAAGCUUACUGGACAUGGGAUCAGUGCGUGCUUUCUUGGCUCCGGGCAACCAGAUAAUACCGUUGAACAGAAAGCAAUGAGAGGAUUGUAUAGUAUAGUGUAUAUUUGCCCAGAGACUGUUCUAAGAUUGAUUCAACCACUGCAGAAGCUUGCAGAAAGUCGUGGCAUUGCUUUAUUUGCAAUUGACGAGGUACACUGUGUUUCGAAAUGGGGUCAUGAUUUUCGUCCAGAUUACAGGCGACUGUCUGUGCUGAGAGAAAAUUUCAGUACAAGCAAGCUAAAAUCUCUAAAAUUUGAUAUACCUCUGAUGGCCUUAACAGCUACAGCUACAAAAAGAGUACGAGAAGACAUUUUAAAAUCAUUGCAAAUGUCAAAAGAAACGAAAGUUUGCCUUACAUCAUUUUUUAGACCUAACUUACGAUUCAUGGUAAAACAUAGUCGAGUAUCACAGGCUUCUUAUGCAAAAGAUUUUCAUGAAUUGAUUCAUGUAUAUGGUAGAAAGAAAAAUAUUGAUGAAAAUGAAAAGGUUUUCAUCUCAGAUGAUUCAGAUCAGUUUUCUAAUAGUUCCGAUGCUAGUAGUAUCUCUGAUACAGACAGUGUUUCACCUGAUGACAUGGAUGACAACCAAGAUGAUUAUGCUUAUAGAGAUAUUAAUAUAAUGCACUCAGGAAACUCUGAUGACUUUUUAACUGGAAAAGAACUGUCAAUUGAAUUCCUGGAGAAUGAUAUCGAUGCCUUUCAAAGUGUGGAUAACUUAGAUGUUGCCCGUGGUGACUUCUGCGUGCUACCUCACAAGGAAUUGGAAUUAUCCAAGAACACCAACACACCUAAGAAACCAGAAAGAAGAGUAAAAAUUCAUAAUGAGCCUUUGGAACAAGGACCAACAAUCAUAUAUGUACCCACCAGAAAAGAAACUCUGAGAAUUGCGAAGUACCUAUGCAAGUUUGGUGUGAAGGCAGCUGCUUAUAAUGCAGGGCUUCCCAAAUUGCAUCUAAGAAAGGUUCAUAAAGAGUUUCACGAAAAUAGUUUAGAGGUUAUUGUUGCUACAAUAGCUUUUGGAAUGGGUAUUGACAAAUCAAAUGUCAGAAGAAUCAUCCACUAUGGUUGGCCACAGAGUUUAGAAGCAUACUACCAAGAAGCUGGACGAGCUGGUCGAGAUGGAAAAUUAUCAGAUUGCAUUCUGUAUGCAAAUCUAGCAAGCAAGCCGUCACUUUUGCCUAGUCGAAAAAGUGAAGAUCAGAAAAAACAAGCAUAUAUUAUGUUGUCUGAUUGUUUCAGAUAUGGAAUGAAUACUUCAUGCUGUCGACCAAAGAUUCUCGUUGAAUACUUUGGAGAGGAUUUCAGUCAUCAGAAAUGUCACUUAUGUGAUGUGUGCAUUGAUGGUCCACCUAAAAAGCAGAAUCUAAAAGAGGAGGCCUGUAUUUUUCUGCAAACUAUAGGUGCCCAAAAUCAGGGGCGUAGGGAUUCCAAGGAUUACUCAUAUGACGAUGAUAUACAUUUUGACUACAAUUACAGAGGACAAAGAGAGAGGCCGAAUCUUAGGAUCUUGGUUGGAAAAAUAAGGCAGCAGUUUCAAAAGUUUUCAACCACUGACAUGUUAUGGUGGAGAGGUCUUGCUCGAAUUUUGGAAGUUAAAGGAUACAUCAGAGAAGGAGAUGACAAGACCCAUGUUCAGGCAAAAUUCCCGGAAUUUGUGAGGUCCAUGAAUGAGGACGCUUUCUGGGUUUACCCUGAAGCAGAUAUGUUGCUUGCAAGAAAAUUAACUGAGAAACCAUUUUCCUCAUUCUCAGAAUGGGGAAAGGGUUGGGCUGAUCCUGAGAUCCGUCGCCAGCGCCUAGAAAGAAUGGGAGUGAAGAGAAAGUCAGGGAUGGUGUCAAGCUCCAAAAGGAAACGAAAGAGAAAAGUGCAACAUGAUUUGAGAACUUCUCGUGGCAGACUAACAGCAAAACUCUCAAAAUAUAAGUGAUCUUUAUCAGCUACUAAUGCGAUGCAUACAAUUUAUCCUGCAAGUGAACCUUUUCAACGUUAGGUGUAAAAUCAUGAUCAAACAUUAGUGAUAUUUAUCAGCCACUGAUCGAACAACAUUAAAUGUUUUAACUCUGAAUAUUAUGCGAAUUAUUCAAAAAUAUCGAUCA